CAAUCUAUGUGCACCCACGAAAAAUACCAGGUGCUCCAACAUCCAAUGGUCACAAGCCAACCUUCUUCCUCGUCUUUCUCAAUUCCUUUGAAAAAAAUCACUUAAUAAAUCCCUCAAACACACACUUUCUUUUUUUUCCUCUAAAACCCUUUCAUGGAAUCCUUCGAAAUUUACAUCUCUGCCGUUCUUUCCUGGAUUCCUUUACCCCAUAUUCGUUCAGUGUUAUAAACCCAAAUCCCAAAUUCAUUUCUUUUUACCAAAGCAACGUUUGAAAUUUUUUUAGUUUUAUGCAAAUCCCAGUAUCAUUACCAAUUCACAAUCUGUAUUUUUGUUUUUGUUUGAAUCCAUGGAGGAGAGGAACGUUUUGUUUGGGAAAUACGAGAUGGGAAGGUUCUUAGGCAAAGGGACUUUCGCAAAGGUUUACUACGGCAAAGAAAUCGACACAGGUGAAAGCGUAGCCAUCAAAGUGAUAAACAAGGAGCAAGUGAAGAAGAAAGAAGGUAUGAUGGAGCAAAUCAAGCGUGAGAUCUCAGUGAUGCGCAUAGUUCGCCACCCCAACGUGGUGGAGCUCAAAGAAGUGUUAGCCACAAAAACCAAGAUUUUCUUUGUCAUGGAGUACGUUAAAGGAGGCGAGCUCUUCGCCAAAGUAGCCAAAGGAAAGCUCAAAGAAGAUUCAGCUCGCAAAUACUUCCAACAGUUGAUCAGCGCCGUUGAUUUCUGUCACAGUAGAGGCGUGUCACAUCGAGACCUCAAGCCAGAAAACCUCUUACUCGACGAGAACGAGAACCUUAAAGUCUCCGACUUUGGUCUCUCUGCUUUACCUGAACAGCUACGAAACGAUGGUCUUUUGCACACUCAGUGUGGGACCCCUGCUUACGUGGCACCGGAGGUGUUGAGGAGAAAAGGGUACGAUGGAGCGAAGGCUGACACUUGGUCAUGUGGGGUCGUUCUCUAUGUGUUGCUCGCUGGGUUUCUUCCUUUUCAAGAUGAGAAUUUGAUGAAAAUGUAUUCCAAGAUUUUCAAAGCUGAGUACGAGUUUCCACCGUGGUUUUCGUUCGAUUCCAAGCGAUUGAUUUCGAAACUCCUUGUUACGGACCCAGAUAGGAGGAUCUCGAUCCCAGCUAUAAUGCGUGUCCCUUGGUUUCGCAAAGGUUUUCCGAUCAAAGAAACUGUGAUUCAUAAUGAUCAGACUCAAUUAGAUGCUGACAAGGUCAAGGCCGAGAUCGAGGAGAUUGAAGAGGAACCCGAUACGCCCAAGUUUUUCAACGCGUUCGAGUUCAUUUCCUCGAUGUCUUCCGGGUUUGACUUGUCGAGUUUGUUCGAGAACAAGAGGAAGGUGGGGUCUAUGUUCACCUCGAGAUGUACAGCCAAAGCAAUCGUUUCGAAGAUCGAGGCAGUGGCGAAGGGGCUGAGCUAUAAGGUGUGUAAAGUGAAGGAUUUCAAGGUGAAAAUGGAGGGCAAAUUGGAAGGGCGUAAAGGUAAACUAGCUGUUGUGGCAGAGGUGUUCGAGGUUGCCCCUGAGGUUGCCAUUGUUGAAUUCUCGAAGUCUUCUGGUGACACUUUGGAAUAUGCUAUGUUUUGUGAGCAUGAUGUUAGGCCUGCACUGAAAGACAUUGUGUGGACUUGGCAAGGUGACACUAUCUGUGACGCUAAUUAGUUUUUUACUUUUUGUUUGUUACAUACUCGAUCAAUACAAUUAGCACCCAAGAAAAACAAAGAAGAAACAAAGAGAAGGACAAGAAAAAAACACAAGCAACUUUUUUGUUUUUCAUCUUAGGUUUUGUCUUGUUUUGUUUUCAAUUUGUUGUUUUGAAAGGGAAAAAAAAGUAUGAUCUGUAAAUAGUUUGUGGUAACUAAAUUAGAGUAUGUGAUACAAGUCAAGGAGAAAAAUGAUAAGUUUUUUCUACUCCUUAUAA